AUGUCAGGAGCUAUCUUUGCGCCCCUGGAGGGCUCGGGUGCCCUGGACGCGGCGAGCGGCCACCCGCUCGUGUGCCCGCUGUGCCACGCGCAGUAUGAGCGCCCGUGCCUGCUGGACUGCUUCCACGACUUCUGCGCCGGCUGCCUGCGCGGCCGCACCACCGAUGGCCGCCUCGCCUGCCCGCUGUGCCAACACCAGACGGUGGUGAAGGGCCCCAGCGGGCUCCCUCCGGUGGAUCGGCUGCUGCAGUUCCUGGUGGACAGCUCAGGAGACAGCACGGAGGUGGUGCGCUGUGCCAACUGCGACCUGGAGUGCAGCAAGCAGGACGCGGAGACCACGUACUUCUGCAACACGUGCGGGCAGCCGCUGUGCGCGCGCUGCCGCGACGAGACGCACCGGGCACGCAUGUUCGCGCGCCACGACAUCGUGGCCUUGGGCCAGCGCAGCCGCGAUGUGCUCCCGAAGUGCACGCUGCACGCGGAGCCUUACAUCAUGUUCUCCACCGACAAGAAGUCGCUGCUGUGCAUCCGCUGCUUCCGGGACAUGCAGGGGGAGAGCCGGGCCCACUGCGUGGACCUCGAGUCAGCGUACGUGCAGGGCUGCGAGCGGCUGCAGCAGGCGGUGCUGGCGGUGAAGGCCCUGCAGACCGCCACGCGGGAGGCCAUCGCGUUGCUACAGGCGAUGGUGGAAGAGGUGCGGCGCAGCGCAGCCGAUGAAGAGGCCGCCAUCCAUGCCCUCUUUGGCAGCAUGCAGGACAAACUGGCAGAGAGGAAAGCAGUGCUGCUGCAGGCCGUGCAGAGCCAGUAUGAAGAAAAGGACAAGGCCUUCAAGGAGCAGCUCUCCCACUUGGCCACCCUGCUGCCCACCCUGCAGGUUCACCUGGUCAUCUGCUCUUCCUUCCUCAGUUUGGCCAACAAGGCCGAGUUCCUGGACCUGGGCUACGAGCUGAUGGAGAGGCUUCAGGGCAUCGUCACGCAGCCACAUCGCCUACGGCCUGCACAGAGCAGCAAGAUCGCCAGCGACCACCGCGCAGAGUUCGCGCGCUGCCUGGAGCCUCUCCUGCUGCUGGGGCCACGCCGGGUGGCGGGUUCCGGGGGCGGUACCAGCACGCUAGCAGGGGGCUCGGGCCCCAAGGUGCUGCUAGGGCCCAGCUGCCCUUCCCCGGUGGGAAAGAUGCUGGUCCAAAAGCCCACGCUGCACCGGUCCAUCAGCACCAAGGUGCUGCUGGCAGAGGGCGAAGAUUCACCCUUUGUGGAGCACUGCCGCCACUAUGAGAACUCCUACCGGCGCCUGCAGGCAGAGAUGCAGAACCUGAAGGACCAGGUACAGGAGCUGCACCGGGACCUCACCAAGCACCACUCGCUCAUCAAGGCCGAGAUCAUGGGCGACAUCCUGCACAAGUCCCUGCAGGUGGACGCGCAGAUCGCCUCGGAGUACGCUUCCGUGGAGGGCAUGAGAGCAGUAUUCCAGGAGAUUUGGGAGGAAUCCUACCAGCGGGUGGCGAAUGAGCAGGAGAUUUAUGAAGCCCAGCUCCAUGACCUUCUCCAGCUGAAGCAGGAGAAUGCCUACCUGACCACCAUCACCAAGCAGAUCACGCCCUACGUCCGCUCCAUUGCCAAGGUGAAGGAGCGGUUGGAGCCCAGGUUUCAGGCCCCAGUGGAUGAACCGUCAGACCACCUACAAAACACGCAUGAUGACAGCAUGAACGGCGAGGCCCAAGCCAGGAACGAUCCCAUAGGUGUCUCAGAGAAGAGAGAGAAGACCUCAGAGCCAAGAAACAGCCGGACUCUGAGCAGCCUCGCAGAAGAGCCUACACUGAAAAAUAAAGAUGCUCACAGACCGAAACCGAAAAGCGGGGGUGACGUCCCCACAUGGAGGGAGCGCCCAGCUUAGCGUGGGACUGGUCCCGGGGCUCGGGCAUUUUACAACACGCACAUCAAGGGUGGGAUAUUUAAGGAAAGGUGGAUCCCAUCAUGAUUUUUUUUAAGGUGUCAUCAUUUAUCAGCAAUAAAACCCAGACACUCGCUGCCAGGUCCCAAUGUCAGCUUCUCUGGCUUGAGCUAGACUUCACGUUCCUCGGCGUCUUGGUCCUCAUCAGGGUGACUCGGGACGGUGUACAGUCCACACGGAAAACGUUACAUGAGUGAACAUCCAGCCCGAAGCCCCUCACUCCCCCAUACCUCCCUG